AUGGCCCAACAUCCUCCGAGCCUAAAGACCUCCGCCAUCGCGACCUCUCCGCUCCAGCCUUAUAUCUCCAGCUCUCCCAUGUUCCGCGAGCACCCCAUGGCCAGCCCCUGGCACAGACACGACUCUGCCUCCUCCGCCCCCCUCGCCUACCCCGACGACUUCUCUCAGUCCUUCCCCCAGUCCCUCCAACGCUAUCCUCACUUCGCGUCCUACCACGCCUCAAACACCCCCAGCUCUGGCGUAAGUCACUCCCUCCCCGCCUCUCGUCAUCCCUGGGCGUUCGAUGCCCAGGACCAGCAGCUCCAGUACACCGACCCCCCAACCGCCGCAUACUGUGAGACCACGCAGGCCAUGCCCUCCUCCUACUACGCCAACCCGUCUCAGCUGGUCGGAUACCCCGAGUCUUCUCAGCGCACUCUCCUCCAGGAGUCCGCCUACGCUGGUGCCUACUCUCUUUCUUACCACGACCCUGCGAUGCAGUUCGACGAGCUGGUCUCGUCAACCGUCAGCGCGCCCGCAGGCCAUCUUGGCAUCGAUACCACUCACAGCAUCCGUCAUCGCGCCCGACUAGAGCAGGGAGAAGCCGACCGCAGGGCGCCGUAUGUCGCCAAUAACCAAUACAUCGCUGCGUCUGCGGACUUCGAACCGUCCGCGGCCACCCACCGGCUCGUAUCUCAGUCCACUCCCAACAUGCAUUCCUUGGUAAAUGUUCCCCAUUCAUCAUCAUCCAUGCAUUCCAUCCUGUCCAGCCACCAUCUCGCCUCCUCUCCAUCCUCCCUCUCGCACACCAUCUCGGGCUUGUCCGCGCUGACAGACGCGCAAUCUCCGCGCCUGGCAUCUUCCUACGGCGUCCAGCUGCGCCGAAAUUCGAUGGAGUCUGUGCAUGAUCCACUCAGUCCCUCUGCCGUGCCGUCUCUCAUCUACGACGCAGACACCGGCGACGAUGGUGACGACGACUCCGAGAGCAGCCCCCCUUCCGCAAUCUCCGAACUGUCCCGUCCCGCGUACCAGCCAAGCGGCAGACAUGAUCGGCUUGCCAUGGACAUCAAUUCCCCUGGCGACUGGCCGCGGUCCUCUUUUGAUGCUGCUUACAGCAUUGCUAGCGCGCAGGAAUCUGAUCGUGCUACCCGCCAGCCGGCGCGAAGCCCCAAACUAUCUGCCGAGUCAGCGUCGUUCCCCGCCGUAUCACCCUCCAGUGGCUCGCCGGAAAGGUCCAAGCCAGCACAAAAGAAGUCCAAGAUGCACCAAUGCAGCGUUUGCUCCAAGCUGUUUCCGCGGCCGAGUGGCUUGGCGACGCACAUGAAUUCGCACUCGGGCGCGAAGCCAUACAAAUGUCCUAUACCCACCUGCACGAAGAGCUUCGCCGUCCGAUCCAACGCCAAGAGGCACCUGCGGACGCAUGGAAUUGUACCGACGCCGGAUCACGCCAACACCUCGCCCUCCCAGUUCACGGUCGGCUUCGAGACGCCACUAGUGUCCGAGGUACACGACGUGGGGAAGUUGCCGCAUAAGCUUAGGUGGGUACCCCAGAGCCUGUCCACGAGGACGAACGCGGACUACCUCAGGGACUCGCCGUCCGACUCGGAAGAGGAGUACAUGCGUCCUUCCUGCCCCCUUCUUCCCGUCCCCCUGCCCCCCGUCACGCCUUCCUCUCCCACGUGGAACCCAGACGACGGCUACGAGGAACGGAAUUCGUACGGGGAGGCGGGACCCAGCCCAUAUAUCCCCAGCCAGUGGCGCGGUCUUCCUGGGCCUGUAAUGUCAUCGAAUACGUUCUGA